AUCAUGUCCACCGCACCACAGUUACCACCGCAACUCGAAGCAUGGCUGCGCGAAUUCUGGCAGCGUCAGAUGGAUCAGGCAGAGAACAUGCGGGAAGAUGGAUUGAAGGAGACGACGUUACCGCUGGCACGGAUAAAGAAGGUGAUGAAGAUGGAUCCAGACGUCAAGAUGAUCUCAUCCGACGCACCUUUACUCCUGUCAAAAGCAUGUGAAAUAUUCAUAUCUGAGGUCACAUCCCGCGCGUGGAUGCUGGCCGAGUUGAAUAAGCGAAGAACAUUGCAGAGGGUCGACGUUGCCGGAGCCGUCGGGCAGAGCGACCAGUUCGAUUUCCUCAUCGACAUCGUCCCACCAGAAUACGGGUAUUCAAAACACAAGGCGAAGAGAGAGGUUAACCCCUUGUUCCCGUAUUUUCGCCAGUAACGCUGAUGCUCAACCACUAGAAGGUAGAGGGCGAGGAGGGCCAAGUUAAUGGACAACAACAUCCCAUCCUCGCUGAACCCGACGAGGAGGCUGGCGAGCCACCCGCACUCCAGCC